UCUUGGAUCGCAAAAAGAAAUCCAAGGAGAAGAAAUUGAAAAUCGCUAAGAAUUUAUUGCAAAGCAAUGACUCUCCGAGUCUCGAUGAAGAUGAAAUAGCAAAAAUUAAAGAUGAAGAGUCACAGAA